CGAUAACACGUCUGUGCUUCGUUGGGGACGACAGGCAAGGUACGGUCCUGUUUCAAUCCAACUUUGAUGUGGAGCUGACAAAAAACUUUGACAGGUCUCCCCAGAGGGGAGUAUCAUACCCCUUUGUACACUGCUUUCGACAUCCCACAUGUACGGGAAAAUGCUGUCAGACUUUCUACACAGCGUAUGUUCCCUGUUCGUGACUCGGUAUAGGUGUUGAUGACCAUUGCCCCAGAUCGACUACCCCCGGCCGUGUCGGAAUUCUUUAGUGCGGCCAUCUACGAUGAUUCCUUAGCCUUCUCAGCUGGCAAGGAGAAGUACUCAUCACGUCCGAUACGCUUCGUUGAUGUUUCGAAAGGAACUCAAGUCGGGACCGGACACAGUUUCCUGAACAAGGCGGAAGUUGAUACAGCGCUCCAAUGCGCCAUCUCAUUCACGAGAGAGUCCUUGCCAUUUAAGAUUGUUACUCCGUUUGAAGCCCAGAGAUUGGCUAUUCAACGGGGUUUGGAAGCCGCAGGAUUGGCGUGGAAAGACGUUUGUUACACGGUGAAGACUAUACAAGGACUUGACGCACCUUAUAUCAUUUUGAGCGUGGUGCAAACAUACUCGCCGGGCUUUUUGAAUGACUUCGGUUCCACUGUUACCGCUCUGACACGGUUUAGCAAAGGCAUGCUCGUCAUUGCGAACAGGUUCUUUCUAACGGAGGACUCAGUGGCCAAGUCUUCUCUGUUGGCGGACAUGGCCAAAGUGUUCCGUCAGGGAGGGUGGAUUGACCCUAGCGUGCUUACGGGACCCGCUUUCUCAGCCGGAAGCCUUUUUGACGGAGACGACUUGGAGAGUGAAAUUACUGACCCCGAUUCAGAGUCAUCUGUAAUUGAACCGACAGUUUGGGGAGAAGAGCCAACCAACACUGGGCAGGACGACUUCGGUUGGGAUGAUUCGCCUGGUGCCACUUGGGGCUGACCGAACCCCUUUCCUUUCAAGUCCCAUUUCACUUCAAUAUUUCAUCCUUACAUUGCUACACAUCUUGCAUCCAUUUUGGCACCCCCCGUUGGACAUAUCCUAUACACUAUAUCGUCCAGAAGGCGAUUUUCCUUGGUACCAUAAUACUAUAAUUUGAUACGCGCAUCACAUCAU